AUGCUGGGGGCUGUCCUGUUGCUGCUGGCCUUGGCCAGGCCGGUGUGCCCGAGCCCGGCCAGCRUGGAGAGCCGGCGGGCUGAGGCACUAAAGAAACUCCUGGAAGUCUUUGGCAUGGAAGACCCUCCGCCCCCCCCGGCUCACUUCAAGCAGCCCCCCCAGUACAUGGUGGAUCUAUUCAACACUGUCGCCAAUGCGGAUGGUGUCACCAAAAACCCUGACAUCCUGGAGGGCAACACCGUUCGCAGCUUCCUGGAUAAAACUCACAGUGAGGAGAUGAGGUUCCUGUUUGUCCUCUCCAGCGUGGCCAAGAAUGAGAAGAUUCUGACGGCAGAGCUGCACCUCUUCCGCCUCUGGCCGAGGGUCACAGAUAGGCCCAAAAGGCACCACUUCUGUCAGGUCAGUGUCUACCAGGUGCUGGAGAAGGACAAUCCAGACACUCCUGGAGGGAAGAAGCUGCUGGCAGCCCGGCUGGUCUCACUGCAGACCUCGGGCUGGGAGGUCUUUGCCAUCACGCCGGCUGUUCGUGACUGGACUGAAGAUGAAAGCAGCAACCAAGGUUUGCUGGUGACAGUCCAGGGCCUGGGKGGGAGCCCGCUCGACCCUCCACCGCUGCAGUUUGCAUCUGGCCGGGGCCACCACGAGAGCAAGAAGCCCAUGUUGGUGCUGUUCACAGACGACGGGCGCCGGGGAGCGUCGCUGCCCACAGCUGGCUUCCCAGAUUUGAAGCCUCAGGCUUCUGAUCUCCCUGCCAAGAUGCCGCUGCCCAAGCUGGGCAGGUCACGCAGCGCGCGCUCGCUGGACCGGCUGCAGCCCUGCCAGAGGCACCCCUUGUCUGUGGACUUUGAGGAGAUCGGCUGGUCCGGCUGGAUCAUCUCCCCACGGGGAUACAACGCCUUCCACUGCAAAGGCUCCUGCCCCUUCCCACUGGGUGAGAACAUGCGGCCCACCAACCACGCCACGGUGCAGUCCAUCAUCAAUGCCCUGAAGCUGAGCGAGGGUGUCAGCAGCCCCUGCUGUGUGCCUGACAAGCUCUACUCCAUCAACCUCCUCUACUUUGAUGAYGAUGAGAACGUGGUCCUCAAGCAGUAUGAUGACAUGGUGGCCGGGAGCUGCGGCUGCCACUGA